AUGAGCGAUAAAACGUCUUCCACCUAUGCCGACGCCGAUGCCGACGCCGAUGCCGACGCCGACCUCACCCUCGUCUCAAGUGACGAUAUCCACUUCAAGGUUCACUCCUAUCAUCUCAAAUCAGCCAGUGCUGUCUUUCGCGCUAUGCUUGAAAUGCCGGAUACGAAUGUCAAACGGCCGAUUAUCCACUUGACCGAUAGAGAGAUCGAAAGUGCCGAGGUGCUAGAGGGUGCCCUAAAUAUCCUAUACAGCAAGACCUGGCCGACUGACACUGAGACUUAUCGCUUCAAGCUGAUCAAGAUCAAUCGGUUCCUUCUGAAAUAUGAGUGCGAAGGGGCAAUCGAUAAAGUUGUAUCAUUACUUCACCGGUGGAUAGCAUUCGAGCGGCAGUCUGCGUGGUAUGCGUUCUUGGUAUCGGCCGACCUCAAUGACGUUGUCACCUGUUCUCGAGCAAUGCGACGCGCAGGUCUAUCCGCCAUUGACGGGUCGCCGGGCACCCAGGGAUCUGAGCCGACAAGCAGCCCAUUCGAUAUUGCAGGGUUAUCCCUCGAAAGAUUCUCACAAAUCCCGGCUCCUAUAUUAUGGGCGAUCUUGAGAGCGGCGCGACAUCAAAACGGACUUCCGACAAGCGACGAAGGAUGGGACAAGAUGGCGACUCACUUUUGCGAACUCCUCAAAGUGAAAGGAGUGGGCGUGUGUUGUGAGGUUUUGGAGGUGGUGGAGCAGGCACAUACAUCUGUCGAUAGUUCAGCUAGUGCGCCCUCCAAAGCAAUGACGAUGUCACCAUGGAAACAAAGACUCACAAUCGCCAGACUGACCCCCGGCCCCUCUUUCUCCAUUGGUGUUUACUUUCUGACCCGACUCAGUGUUCACUUCUUCACCACGUCCACAAACAUGACCGACAAAUUCUCCUCUGCUUACAACGAUUCUGACGCCGACCUCAUCCUCGUCUCAAGUGACAAUGUCUAUUUCAGGGUUUACUCGUACUAUCUCAAAGCUUCCAGUCCCGUCUUCAGAGCAAUGCUUGAAAUUCCCGAUCCCAGCGUUCAAGAGCAGAAAGUGCCGCGUAUCGAGCUCGUCGACGAAUCGUUGGAGACGGCCGACACUCUGACCGCAGCUCUGGAUAUCCUACAUGGCAAGAAUUUUCCGGACCAGAUCGCCUCAUACUUUUCUACGUUAUCCGUGGUGGUACAAUUCUUCCAGAAAUAUGAGUGUACCGGCGCAUUACUCGAUAUUCGAUUGUUGCUCCAGAGCUGGAUCAGUGCGCCAGGAGGUGGACCAGCUUGGUUGGCCUUUUACCUAGGGGCGAUACUUGACGACGUGAUCGUAUGUUCGCGAGCUAUACGAAAAGCUUGGCCCCGAUCUUUCACUGUGAUCAAAGACGAAUCAGCGGGCGCGUUGGCGAAUAAGCAAGGGGUCGCUCAAGGAUUUGUGCUUGACGUCGAUCGCUGGGAUCUGGACAUGUACACAAAAUCCUCUCCACGAAUUACCUGGGCACUACUGCGGGCCAGGAGGAACCAAAAGACAGUCCCUCAAGAUCAAGCCGGAUGGGAUUCGGUCGCAAGAGAGUUCUGCGACAUUCUUGGGGUCGAAGGUGAGCUACUUAGAUAA